ACAUCUCUCUGCACAAAUACUCUCAUCAGUCGUACAACCUCACACUGGCCACUGACAUGACGAAAAUGGCCGUGGUCCUCCUGGCCAUUUGCGCCCUCUUGCUCGGCGGAUCAUCAUCAGCAGCAGCUCAAUGGACACCCGCUUUCGCGACGUUCUACGGCGGCAGCGACGCGUCGGGCACGAUGGGCGGCGCGUGCGGGUACGGCAACCUGUACAACGUCGGGUACGGCACGCGGACGACGGCGCUGAGCACGGCGCUGUUCAACAACGGCGCCAUGUGCGGCGCGUGCUUCACCAUCGCAUGCGACGCGCGCAAGACGCGGUGGUGCAAGCCGGGGGCGCCGCCCAUCACGGUGACGGCCACCAACUUCUGCCCGCCCAACUGGGCGCUGCCCAGCGACAACGGCGGCUGGUGCAACCCUCCGCGGCGGCACUUCGACAUGUCGCAGCCGGCGUGGGAGACCAUCGCCGUGUACCGGGCGGGGAUCGUGCCGGUCAACUACCGGCGCGUCCCCUGCCAGCGCAGCGGCGGCGUCAGGUUCACCAUCAACGGGCACAGCUACUUCGAGCUGGUGCUGGUCACCAACGUGGGCGGCAGCGGCGUGGUGGCGCAGGCGUGGAUCAAGGGCUCCGCCACGGAGUGGAUGGCCAUGAGCCGGAACUGGGGCGCCAACUGGCAGAGCAACGCCUACCUCAACGGGCAGGGCCUCUCGUUCCGGCUCAGGUCCGACAACGGCCGCGUCAUCACGGCCAACAACGUCGCGCCCGCCGGAUGGUGGUUCGGCGGCACCUACACGUCCGGUGCUCAGUUCUAGCUACGGAAGUGCCGAGCGGCGCGCGCUGGAUCGUCUGUGUUCUUGUGGUUUCCUUCUGCCCCCUCCUCUUGCUUUAUUUGUUGUGUCUCGUGAAAAUUUACAUGUAGCCACCCACGAAACAUGCGUAUAUAUGCAUGUAUUGUACGGUGCAGCUCAUACUUUCAUGUUUUUUAGAAACUGUCUGGACCCUUUUUUUUUUUAAGGAACUGUCGGGACCAUGUUGUUGUCUAUAACACCAAAAUAAGAUCCAUACAUAUGCAUUAUGCAA